CUCGCCCGCUUCGGCCGCCGCCGCCUCAACCGCCAGCAGGGUGACGACGAUGCCCUGCCCCGGCGCCCGCAGUAUGAGGACUAUGACCAGCGCAUCGUCAGCAUGCUCGACGUCGUCGACCCCGAGGUCGCGACCCUCUCGUCCAUCACAAACGUCCAGAACUCGCUCUUUGUGCCCUCCCUUGGCCGCUGGGUCAACCGCCGCCCGACCUACGACCUCACUCCCAUGGACAGCCACUACGACUCCCGCCCAGCAAGGCGUGCCGCCGUCGCCACCAUUCCCGAGGACAAGCCGCUGCCUGUGCCUCCAAGUCUGGAGCGCAUCCCAAGCAACAUCACCGAGCGUUUCUUUGCGGUCCGCCCCCAUGAGACGUCGCUUGCCGACUGGAGCGACGAGGAUCUUGCUCUCCUCGACGACCAUGUCCGCCACAUGCUGCACUCCCGGCGGUCCGCGUUCGGACGUCGCAUGAGGGCCUUCCGCCAAUACAUCAAGCGGCCACUCGGCUUCUUCGUGACCUUGUACGCCACUCUGAUCACACUCUUUGGUCUCGCCUGGGUGCUUUUCCUUAUCGGCUGGAUCUACGUCGGCGAUCCGGCACGGCAGCUCUACGUCAUUGACGUGAUCGAUCAGGUGCUGGUGGCUCUUUUUGCCAUUGUCGGUGACGGCAUGAUCCCGUGGCGCGCCGUCGACACGUACCACAUGAUCUUCAUCGCGCACUACCACCACCUGACUUGGGACACACGCAAGAAGCUCAAGGCGCCAAAGCUCAAGAACAAGAACGAUCUCCCUCAUGAGACCGUCCACCAGGAGCCAGACAUCCAGGAGGACAUCCCCCGCAUCCCUACCCCUGACCUCGAGGCUGCCCGUGAGCUGCACGCCAAGGAGGAGCUAUCAGUUCUCACUCCCGAGCAGCAAGCCAAGCUCGAGCACCACCAGGCCAAAUUUGCCAAGUCGCACACCUUUUACAAGCCACACGAAACCGAGACACAUUACGCCUUCCCGCUGCGUCUGCUCGUCGCCAUUGUUGUGCUGCUCGACUUCCACUCGUGUUUCCAGCUCGCGCUGGGCUUCAGCACGUGGCUGAUCCCGUAUCAGGUGCGCCCUGGAGCCCUGACCGCCACGCUGCUCUGCUGCUCCAUUACCAUCAACAUUACCGCCGGUAUCCUCAUCUCGAUUGGUGACCGCAAGACACGCAAGAAGGAUGUCGUCGAGCGCAUGUUUCGGCAGGAGCUCACCAAGGAGGCGAUGCGCCGGGUCCAGGAGAAUAAAGACAAGGAA